AUUCUGUAUUUAUCCACAGAUAAACCUGAGAUCAUAACUCAUCCUCACAGUAUCACAACAGGAGAAGGUCAAAACCUGACUUUAUAUUGUAACGCUACUGGAAAUCCACUUCCGACAAUAUCAUGGUGUAAGGAUGGAUAUCCUAUAAGUAAUGGCUUCAGGAUAAUUUUGUCACCAAGCCAUGAACAGUUGAAAAUAAGGAAUGUGAACAGAAUAGACCGGGGCGAUUACAAAUGUCUAGCGAAAAACAGAGUUGGAACGGAUACUUCUAACGCUUCCACGAUUAAUGUUCAGUGUAAGUGACUUAAAUUAGCUAUUGUACAUGAAAAGGCACUAUCCAGACCUUUUGAUGUGCCAUAAAUCCAUCAUGGAAUGUCGAGUACUUACUGGCUCCCUCAAGCUCGGCCGAAAAAUCUACUCUGAUUAACCACGCUGUUUCAGCCAAUCAGAGUGCGCGUCAUAUAUAUGCCUUAUUGUAAUUGGUUUUGCAUCUUCAGCAAUAAUUAUUUUUUUAUUGGCCGUUCUUUCUUCUUCCUUUUGGAUCAAACUAUGCUUUCUUGGCAUGGACGAUAUUCAUGCCGGAAUUUUACCUUCUGAGGGCGUCUUUUUCACUGGUUCUUCGUCCUGUCACUGUUAGUGUUUCAUUUAUUUACCGAAGGAGGUAGGUGACAUUUUUAAUUAUUCGAAGACAGAAUUUUAACCGAUUUGGAAGCGGAAAUCGACCUCGUUGACUUCUAGGGAUACGAGGGAUAGGCCCUGGCGGCGUAUCGAUUUUAUUUGGUUAGGUCUCUGGAUAUUUACAAUGUAAACAGAUUGAAUUCUCUUGAGUGCGAGAGAAGAAUCUUGUUAAGCUGAAUUUAUUGAGAUUUACUGUCUCAGUCCAUUACCUUAAGCAAAAUAUUUCUAUAUUGUAAUUUAACUCGAAACUUUCAAUUCUUAUGUGUAUUUACCUCUAUUAAAUCUGCUAACCCGCUUAAAUACAGUAAAGUUGAUCGAAUCCAGUGCUUUUAAUUUCUUACCAAGGUAAGCUUCGUUUAUAUUACUAACAUAUGCUUCGAGAAUUGCGCAUUUUAUACUCGCAUUUUAUACGAAAUACUCAUUUUGACCCGAAAGUACUCCAAUGAUUUUUAAACUAAUUACUGAUAUGCUUACUCUUGAUCUAGUUCAUUUUUUUUCGAGGAGAAAAUUGCCUCAAUGGGAAGUGAUUGGUUUCUGUAUUUUGAAAAUGUUAGUUGCUAUCGUACGUUAGUGUUUACAGAUAAACUUUGACAUUUAGUAGCUGGGUUGUUUUUAAACGAGUUCGCAGCAUGCAUUGCAUUCUAAAUUGGAACCGUUUCAUGUACACAGCACAAAUGAUGUGUAGUUGAACAUGUUAUUAUCUGACGCUGUGCAGCCAUUCUCCAUAAAGAGCUUCCUUCAGCAUCACUGUAUUUCCCUGGACCGAAAGAUUGAGGAAUGAUCAGUCAGUUGAGUGACAGCCUGUCCGUAGAGCAAAGAUUACGCUGAAAAAGCAAACCGCGAGCCAAGUGGUCGCAUAACGUGCUUUGUUAUCAUAUUAUAUAUAUUUUUACGUGUUAGUCCUGUGCAAAGUAAAAUUUUUCUGAAAUUGCAGUUCGAGCUGAGAUCGUCUCUUAUCCUCAAGCGAAUGUCACAAAAGAAGAGGGAAGUAAUUUAGCUUUAUUUUGUGACGCCAAUGGAAACCCAGCACCGAUAAUACUAUGGACCAAAGAUGGAUCUCUCAUAAACAACAAUUCCAGGAUCAGGUUUUCAAAACAUAACAGGCUGUUGACCAUAUUAAAUGUAAACAGAACAGACAGCGGCCACUACCAAUGUGUGGCGAACAACAGCCUUGGAAAUGAUACCUCAAACGUUGCUACUGUUGACAUCCAAUGUGAGUUCUCAUCUUACUACUGUACCGAUAUGAAUACUCUACUUUUUAUGAAUAGUGUAUGAAUAGGGUAUGAAUAGCGUUUUGAUACUCGGCGUCAACUGAGAGCAGCUUUCAUUUGUUUUUUCUCCAAUUCACCUUUCGUUUUUUUGUUUCCGCUGUAGGCAACUCUUGUUACUAUCAUUGUCAAAUAAACAUAGGCUUUGAAUAGCAUUUGCUCCUACCCUCUAAUUUUUCAGUACAAUUAUGUACAGUCAAUACAAUUAUGUACAGCUAGCUGAAGUGAGACAAGGAGAUUAAUUGUAAAGUGCGUAUACAGGUUUUUUCAUAAGUUCGUGCCAUUUUUUGAACUUUCCACAAGCCUUGUUUACAUUUUUUCUAUGAACAUUUUCAGUAUCCUGCAUGUCCCCCUUUGCUGCUGAAGCUACGUUUCAGCUUUGCCAUUUCUUGCAAUAUUAUAGUCAUAUAAACUGUUCCCUUCAAAACCAGUAAGAGAUUACCAACCGGGAUUUUUCCUAAAUAAUGAUUUAUUUGUAUUUUUAAGUUCAUUAGUUUGGAAGAGGUAGGGAUAGAAAUUUGUACUAGCGAAACAGACACUUCAGUUUUCGCAAGCUUAAAAGGAGACCGAACGAUAAUCGAAUUGUAAAACAUUUAAGUAAACUGAGUUCAACUGAAUGAAAUUAUUAUUAAAAACAGAGGACUAAAAGACACAUUUUCCCUUAAGUUUCAAGUCGUCAAUAAUAUUUCUAAGGUGCUUAAUUUGAAGUCGACAAAAAUCGGUUUGAGCAGUUUCUUGGAAGCAAACAAUUUAACCCUUGUUCAACAAACAGCUUUAAUUUAAAACAUGUUUCCGCUUUGGUUUGAAUGAGGUGUAAGUGGGUUUUUUGAAAAUUUUUAGAUCGACCUGAGAUAGCCACUCAACCGCAGAAUGACACGAUAACAGAAGGAGAAAAUGUGACACUGACUUGUAAUGCUACUGGAAAUCCAGAGGCAGUGCUUUCAUGGUUCAAAGAUGAAAAUCUCGUGAAUAGCAGCAACAGGAUCAGCUUUUCAGCAGACAGCAAGUUGUUGACGAUAACGAAUGUGAAAAGAACAGAUAGCGGAAAAUACCUGUGUUUCGCUCAUAAUGAAGUUGGGAACGCUACCUCGAAAAUUGCCAAAUUAAAUGUUCAAUGUAAGUGAGCACUAUAAGUAGAAUUCUUUACCGGCAGUAGAACUAAGACCAAACUUUAAUAUAUUCUCCUAUUUCUUUAUAAUAAGCGUACACGGAUCUGCUUAAAGUGGGGAUUUUUUUUAUUAGAAAAGGUGAAUACAUUUCAGAAUAAUUAACCAAGUACCCUCUGUGUAGAGAAACUGAGUGAAUGAGGAACUAGGAUGAAAUUCAUAUCCGUCUAUCUACUUGGUUUCAGAUGAACCGGAAAUUAUCACUGAUCCCUCUAGUGACACGGUGAAGGAAGGACAAAACAGAACCUUUUCUUGUAACUCGACUGGAAAUCCAUUACCAGAAAUAUCAUGGAAAAAAGAUGGACAUUCUAUUGGCAAUAUUUCCAGGAUCAGUUAUUCAGCAGAGAGCAACGAGUUGAGGAUAAUAAAUGUGUACAGAACAGACAGAGGAAAAUACCAUUGUGUGGCUAACAAUAGCAUUGGUAAUGCCAGCUCAGAAGAUGCUACAUUAGUUGUAGAAUGUAGGUAUUAACAAUAAUAAUAAUAAUAAUUGUAGCGGCCGACACAAGCAAAGCAAAUUUCAACGACAACUAUGAGUUUCGCUAAUGAAGACGCACUAUGAAGCGAGGAUAUAUUUUACGGAAAAGACUAGAAUCGUUUUAUUAGCGUAGUCGAGGUAUCCAAGUAUUUAUCGUAAGCUGAAAUAUGAAAUUAUAAGGAAGAAGCUAAGCUAAAUUCUAAGAUACGGACCAACUUUCCAAUCAUUCCGAUAUAAAAGCAAGACCCAAAAGACUAGCUAAAACUCUAAAACAAACUCAUAAAAGACUAUCUUCAAGGAUAGAGGAGAACCGCUUGAAAACAAAUUCCAACAAAACUAAUAACCGAGUGGGAAAAACAAGCAACGAUCACGUCCCUAAUGGACAAACAGUAACGUCAUUAUUGCGGCUUAACACUUUUAACACGAAACAAACUUAAAACAAAUCAAUAUCUGGUAGCAAAGGCGUGGCAGCCGUUACAAUAAUAAUAAUAAUAAUAAUAAUAAUAGUAAUAAUGGCUAGGUAGCGGUGAAGGACCUCAAGAAGAUGCAGAGGGCACCGUCACACUGAACAUUGCACGUACUUUUAAGAUUGCGACACAUUAGACAUUAUCUUACCCGUGCUUCGGUUUGUCUCCUGCUCUAGAACUUUGAACACUUAGCACAUUUUAGCGUAAAUUUGUUUAGUUUAUUAUAUACAUACAUAUACAUAUUUUAACCGUACUUUUUCAUUGUACACUACCUUUUAAUUCUAGUUUCACUAGCCGGAGCACAGGCCACGCCUUGGCGCCCUAUGUUCCUUCCAACUGUAUAGCAUACAGAUAGUUUUUACUGCUGCAUAAUAAUAAUAAUAAUAAUAUUUAAUGAAGGAACCCAACUCGCCAAGGCGGUUUCCAGUGGGGCCCAGUAAAGUAUUCAUUGAAUUCUUCUAGCUUAUUCGGUAGAAAGUGAGCUCGAGAGUCUGGAAAAAACAGUCAUUUUGGUCUCGCAGGUCAUUUCAAUUGGUUCAGCCGUGUCUGCUGUAAACAUGAACGACCAUUAAAUUGUCGAAUUCAAAAAGAUAUUGGCGCUUAUAGCUAGUGUUGCUAAUGUUCAUUGCAACUGUUUUACAAUUGUAGAUAAAAGUGAGAUUACCACCCAUCCUAAUAAUGUGACAAAAACAGAGGGAGAAAGCGUUACGUUACACUGUAAUGCUAUUGGAUAUCCGCUCCCUACUCUAUCAUGGACCAAAGAUGGAUCUGACAUCGGUAACAAUUCCAGGAUCAGCUUUUCGGCAGACAAAAAGCAGUUGGCAAUCACCAAAGCGAGCCGAGUAGACAGCGGAGCAUACCGAUGUGUGGCGAACAACAGCCUUGGAAUUGAUACGUCUAUGGCUGCUGUUUUAGAUGUUCAGUGUAAGUUGAGUGGAACAUUCAUGAGGCAACGAGUUAUUUGGAUCAUUAACUAGGGCUCGAUAGUCAUAAAAAAGGCCGUAAUGUUUUGGUCCAAAACAAGGUGUACUGCAAUCCUGCUUUCUUUUCUUUAACGGUUGGUUAAACAGAGGCUUUUAAGCUUCCCAGUUUAGAUAAAUUGAAAGUCGCCAGUUUUGUACUGUGGCUCGUUCUUGGGUUGCGAAUUACGUCAAGCGACAAACAGGUCUGCUGCAGAUGGUCAAAUUAUGUUUGACUCGACAAAUUACAGACGAAAGGAAAAACAGAAACAAGUUGAGAAAAAUUUGACACGAGAAAGAAUUGGGGAGGAAAGUAGAGAAGCUUUGAAACCGCACUACUAUGUAGCUAUGGACACUUAAGUAAAUGUUUUCAGCUUGCAAUUGAAUAAUAACUUCUGUUUCGCGUUGAGAAAAACAUGGAGUAUGCUUCCGUUUUAUAAUUCUCAUAUCUGUGAAACUUACCAAAUUGCACGAUUUUCUAAUUGUCACAGUUAAGUAUGUUUUUUUUAGUUCAACCUGAAAUCUCCAUACAUCCGAGGAAUGUCACAAUAGUAAGAGGAAAUAAUGUGACUUUUAGUUGUUCAGUCGUGGGGAACCCAACACCCAGUGUUGUUUGGACAAAGGACGGAGAAGACCUGGAUGUAACAGCAAAUGGUCGAUUUCAAUUGUCCUCGAGGAACGAUAAUCUCAGUAUAGAAAUUGGAAAAGUUCACCUCUUAGACUCUGGGCAAUACAGAUGUGUGGCUAAUAACAGCAAGGGUAAAUCAUCUUCAUCUGCAGCCAAACUCACAGUGCAGUGUAAGUAA